GUGUGCCGAGGGUCGCGUGAAAAAGAAAUUUCCUCGACCGGGGGUCGUCCCGCCCGAUGUACGAAGAUGUGAAUGCGCCGCGACGGCUCGCACUUCUCUCCGCGUCCGCCCGAAAGAUUCACUCACGUGCGAAGGCUCUCCCUCGUCCUGGGACUGCGUCUUCAGCGACCUGAGGGGUAACCGCCGACGGCGCCGCUGCUGCGACGAUGUCGGGGAAAAAGACCGCGGAGAAGGUCUCCGAGAUUGACGCGCACAUCAGCAAACAGUACGAUAUCGUGCGACGUCUCGGCAAAGGGGCUUAUGGUAUAGUAUGGAAAGCGAUCGAGAAGAGAAGGAAGGACACCGUCGCGGUGAAGAAGAUCUUCGACGCUUUCAGAAAUCAGACGGAUGCGCAGCGUACGUUCCGCGAGAUUAUGUUCUUACUGUCGUUCGCCAAUCACGAGAACAUUAUAAAGCUGAUCGGACUGCAUAAGGCGGACAACGAUCGGGACAUUUAUCUCGUUUUCGAAUACAUGGAAACCGAUCUCCACAACGUCAUUAAGCGGGGCAACAUCCUCAAGGACAUCCAUAAGGUCUUCAUUAUGUACCAACUUUUUAAGGCGAUCAAGUACAUACACUCGGGCAACGUUAUCCACAGAGACUUAAAGCCGUCCAACGUCCUUCUAAAUGCGCAAUGCCACUGCAAGAUCGCGGACUUUGGUCUGGCGCGAUCAGUUACGCAGAUCGGUGAGGGUGACGGCGAGACGGGAAGUGAUCCAACUCUGACGGACUACGUCGCUACUCGCUGGUAUCGCGCACCAGAGAUUCUCAUAGCUUCAAAGAGAUACACAAAGGGGAUAGACAUGUGGUCCUUAGGCUGCAUUCUUGGUGAAAUGCUACUUGGAAAGCCUCUCUUUCCCGGCUCGUCGACGAUAAACCAAGUCGAGAGAAUAAUGACAACCUUACCACCACCGACAGAUGAAGAUCUAAUCUCGGUCAGCGCCGGUUACGGAACCAGUUUGUUGGAAAAGACACCCAAUAGACCUAGACGGGCUUUAAAAGAUUUGCUGCCGGAAGUGUCGGAGAAAGCUUUGGACCUUAUUGCCAAUUUGAUAGUUUUCAACCCCACGCAAAGGCUUACCGCAGUCGAAGCGUUAGAGCAUCCGUAUGUCGCCGAUUUUCACAGAAGGGGAAAUGAACCGGAGAGAGGCUCCAGCGUUGUACCGUUAUUAAGUGAUGACGUGCAGCUCUCAGUUGACGAAUAUAGAAAUAAGCUCUACGCGAUGAUGGACGAAAAGCAUCGAAAACACAAAAAUAUGUCAAAAUCCAGGCUGCGGCGAUUGUCUGAAAGCAUUAGGAAAGAAACCAGUCACAGCAGAAGUAAUCCGGUGAUCGGUCAAGGUGACGCGAUUGUCGCGUGCUCGUCGUUGCCAAGCAAGAAGACAAUCAGGCCAUCUCAAGAUGAUAAUACUGCUCGCGGUGUUGCAAGAACGAUGAACAAUUCCAUGGAGGCGCCGGCACAGGAGACCUUAACAAAUACCCGGCACAAUGUUAGGAACGUGGCGACACAGUACGCUUGUAACUUGACCAACGGAAACAUGCCUCCGGCAACGGCCAAGAGUUGCUUUUACUUUAAUCAGCAGCAACAGCAGCAACAGCAGCAGCACUCGCAGCUGUCAAAGUCCCAACGUUCCAUUCAGUCGGAUCAGAUGGCCAUGUACGGCGCCGGAGGCAGAUCGAAUCAAUUAGCAGCAACGGCACAACGCGCCGCCAAGCCACGAAGAGCCGGCAGGCAGCAGAUCCUCACCCAGGCGCAGAGGCCCUUCGCCUCCGCGUCCGCCAAUUGUCGCGGCGACGAUCAUCGGCCUAGAACGAUGCCGGCGAAGCUGAUCAGGAUCAGCGACAGUACGAACAUUGUCAGACAGCCCGGCAAUGUCGCGAGGACCGUCGUCAGGACCGUGAACGUCAGGACGACGGCGGGGGAUGGAGUCAGCAGUCCGGAAUCGCCGCCGUAUGUCAGCCAGCAUUCGCAGACCAUCCGCAACUAUCUGAAUCAGACGGUGCCAUUGCUGACGCAGCAACAUCCCCGCGUGCAAAGCCGCACCGCUUGCCGCAGCAGGGACAAUCUCGUCGACAGAUCGUUCGCCGUCGCGGACGCCGCGACGACCAACAACCGAGUGAAGAGUGCGGCGCCGCGCGGUCAGGGUGACAGAUUACUGCACGCGCGGCACAGCUUCGACGCCGGCUACGUCGGCCAGAAGAGAUCGUCGACGACGUGCGACAAGUCGAGGUUCCUGAACAGCCACAGUCAGAGCCACGGCGUGAUAGCGGAGUCAGUUUACAAGGAUCUCUGUAACGGGACUGUAGGAUGGUGA